AAAAACAAAAAAAACACAGCACCAAAUAUUUACAUUAUUAUUAUAUUACACUAGUAGUGUAAGAAAACAACAAAAAGAGAAUGGAAUUAAAUGGGUCACGAUCCAUCCUCAGGAAAUAGGACCCAAUUCCGUUUCCAAUAUUCCAUUGGACAGUACCACUUCCCCAUUUACUCGACCCGAUUCCCAACCAACCAGCCAUAUAUUUAUAUACUAGUACUGUUUUCCAUUACAAAAGAACAUCACCUUUACUUCUCUUUUCUCUCAAAGAAGAGGAGGAAAAAAAAAAAAAGUUCUCCAACUUUUUGAGGCCUUUCUGCAUGUUUAAAUGCAAUCCCUUUUUUGCAUUAUUUUUCUGACUUAACUGCAAAACUCCCUCUUCUUCAAUUAAACCAUCCAUCUCUUUAUACAUAUAUAUGGUGUUGUUAGAGUCACCUACUUAAAAAAAAAAAGCCUAUUUUGGGUAGCUUCUUCUUUCCCUUUCAUCUUCAUUACAGUACUACUCUGGGAAAGAAAAAGAAAAUCAUAAGGCACUCAUGUUCCUAUAAUUGAUUGGUUUCACCCACUUAUUUCUAUACUUCAGCUUUGUAUUGAAGUUACACUCUUCUCUUUUUUUUUUUCCCUCUUCCUUCCAAUCCUUUUCUUCAUUAGUCUCUUGAGAUAUGAAUAAUAGUACAUCAGCUGCUGCAUAUUUCCCUGAUCUUUCUUUGCAAAUAAGUCCUCCAUCUUUGAAAAGCAUUGAUCUUUAUAACAACAAGGAAGUGGGAUACGAGGGGUUAAUGAUGAGGAACUCUUACAACAUCAGUGAUCGGAGCUCCACCACCACGGAUUCCGGCAGCUGCGGAAGCGAUUUGAGCCAUGAAAAUGGGCAUUUUGAUCAGAAGAACUUUGGUGCUUCUUAUGGUUUUGUUGAUCCAACUUUGAGUUUAGGUUUGGAUAUGGGCAGUUUGGGACCGGUCCAUCAACAACAACAACAACAAAGAAGACAUUUUCAAGGUUUUCACAAUUAUCAACCACAGAUAGUUGGGCCUGAUUUCAAGAGAAACUCGUCAUCAUCAAGGAUGAUGAUGAAUAAUGGGCUUAAAAGAAGCGUUAGAGCUCCCAGAAUGAGAUGGACUUCAACUCUUCAUGCUCAUUUUGUUCACGCAGUUCAGCUUCUUGGUGGCCAUGAACGAGCAACACCAAAAUCAGUGCUGGAGUUGAUGAACGUGAAGGAUCUAACCCUAGCUCACGUCAAGAGCCAUUUGCAGAUGUACAGAACAGUGAAGAGCACUGAUAAAGGAAUAGCAGCAGGACCGAUAGCAGAGCAAGGGCAGACAGAUAUGGUGGUAUUAAGCCAAAGGAAUAGUACAGGAAUCCUUGAACAACAACAACAACAACAACAACAACAACAUCAUCAUGAUCACAAGGCUGAUUCUAGUACAAAUCCUCCUCCAUAUAAUUCAGUGAACCCACUAACAUCAACUCCAAUUCCAUCAUCAUCAUCAUCAUCAUCACUACCUACAACACUACAAAAUGCUACUCACAGAUCAUCUGCGUGUGCAUUAUCUUGCCAAACAAACACAUGGCGCCGCCUAAGUGACCAUCAACAAAAUCCAUUCAACUCAUGUUACCAACUUGGACCCACAAACAAUCUACCCAAGGGUGGCGGAACAAUGGAGAAAUUUCAACAUACGUCUGAAAAGAUGGAGAAUAAAAAUAAGCUAGGACUCGGGGUAGAGAGUAGGAGUAAUAGUAGUAGUAUUGCAACAACUAGGUCAGCAUUGGCAUCUUCUUCUGAUCAUGCAUUGCUCAACCUUGAGUUCACUCUUGGGAGGUCAAGCUGGCCAGUGGACCAUCCCGGAAACAACAACACUACCGAUUUGACCAUUAAUCUCAAGUGUUGAAAAACUUGAUGGCCUAGCUGAGAUAGCUAUAUAUAGAUGUCUCUAUCCAAAUCCCAUGGAACAUUAAUUAACCUUGUAUUAUUAUCCUCUGCCCCCGGACAAAACACGCUCAAUGUGUGGAUCAAUGCUUACAUUUUUGUCUGGAAAUUAGCGGUAGCUUGAGUACUUGAAGGGGGCAAAAAAAAUGCGAAUGUUGUAGUACUAGUACAUAGAAAUGUGGGAGAAAGUGAAACGGGAAAGAUUGGAAUGAAGAAUUUUGAUGAAGUAGUAGAUCGUAGAUGUACUAAUUAACUAGAACUCUAGAAGGGAUAUCAAUAUAUGGUUUUAGAGACUAAAAGUUGUAUGUAGCAUUAUCUCUCCGGCUCUUCCUUUCACCAAUACUAAUAAAAAUGAAGAUCCUUUUCUGCC